AUAUUCACACGAAGAAGAUCACCGCACGCGGAUCGCAUCGCGAGAUGAACCUCCGGCUGCCGAAUGCGAAACGUUCUCCUUUAGAAGGCGAUCUUUGUCAACUGUAUAAAAGCGUUAAGCGGCGCGAUAAUUGAUAUCAGUCUUGAAAUAGCGUUUAUCAUCGUCUGACCCAUCGCACAAUCGGCAGAACGCCUCAGAGGGAAAACAAAAAAGCCGAAUCGAAAAUGUUCAAAUUGCUCAUCAUCUCCGCCCUGGUAGCUCUUGCUGUAGCCCAAAACCCGGACGCCGAAGCCCAGAUCUUAGCCCAGGAAACGGUAAUCAAUCCGGACGGUUCCUACCAGUAUCGGUACGAAACGAGCAAUAGAAUCGCCGCCCAGGAGAGCGGAGUCGGUGGCCAGUCCGCUCAGGGUAGCUACUCGUACACCGGCCCGGACGGUGUACAGUACAGCGUAACCUACACAGCCGAUGAGAACGGAUUCCAGCCGCAGGGUGCCCAUUUGCCCGUGGACGUUCCCGCACCGGGACAUGUGCUUAAAACACUGGAACUUAUUCGCGCCAACCCACCCCGGGAUGACCCUAACUUCAGUCUGGAUGCUUUGAAUGCUGCCAUCGCUCGGUUGAGCGGUAAGAAGUAAACAGAUCUUCGAUCGUACAAAAUCCACACACACACACACCCACACUUACAUUCACACAAUAGCCAACACACAAUCCUGAAUAAUACUCCCGAACGAUAUAGUUUAUCCGAUUAGAUGAUAGUAUCAAAACAACCUGCUUUUGUAAAUAGAAUCUUUUCGUUGCUCUACAAGUGAGAACAAAAAAUAAAAUAAAACAAAACAAAAAUAAUACCGAAAAACAUCUGUCGUAACCUUUGCGAGCAUCCUGCCCUUAGAAUAGUAUAUAUUAUGUAGCGUGUCGUCGUCGUUUGCUGCUCAAUAAAGAGAAAACAUGAUGGAGUGUUUUGUAGUCACAGACA